CUCGUCCCUCGUGGCACUAAUGGGUCGUCGCUCCGCCUCCCCGCGCCGCAGCCGCAGCCGCAGCCGCAGUCCGCGCCGCUCGCGCCCGCGCAGCCGCAGCAACAGCCGCUCCAGGGACCGGCGCCGCCCGUCGCGCUCCCGCUCGCGCGACCGCCGGAGAGAGCGCAGCCGCAGCCGCGACAGACGCGGAGGAGGCGACCGACGCGGACGCUCGCGCUCCGCCGACCGGCGCGGAGGAGGCGGCCGCCGCCAAGAGCCCAUCAGCCUGCUGGUGCGCAACCUGUCGCCCGAGACGACGCAGGACGAGCUGCGCCGCGCCUUCUCGCGCCGCGCGGGCGACAUCCUGGACGUGUACAUCCCCAAGGAGUACAACUCGAACCGGCCGCGGGGCUUCGCCUUCAUCGAGUUCGCCGACUCGCGCGUGGGCCGCGACAUCAAGUUCGAGAUGGACCGCACGCAGCUCGGCGACCGCGAGAUCGCCGUGCUCUUCGCCAAGCAGCACCGCAAGAGUCCGCAGGAGAUGCGCCGCAUCCUCAACCUCCCGGCCGAGGGAUCGCCGAGACGUUCGCCGCGCCGACGCUCCAAGUCUCGCUCGCGCUCGCCGAGACGCAGCGCCAGUCCUGGAGACAAGCGCCGGUCGGUUUCUCCUCGAGGCUCGCCGCGCGCGUCGCCCUCCCCGCGUCGUGCUUCUCCGUCGCCCAAGCGUGACGAGAGCAUCGCUGGCCGAAGUCCCUCUGCUGAGGUUACUAAGGGCGAAGAGACUGUGUCCGAGUGAGCUGGGAUCUGUCCAUAAGCAGAUUGCAUCCCCUGGACACGAUACUCCUAUAGCGCGGAUUCGACAUGCUCAAAGGAUGCCGCAGGUCUCAACGAGAUCAAGGCGAAGAUGAGGCGGCCCAGCAGAAACAGGAACGGGGAAAGAGCCUUGCAUUUUAACUCGAUCAAGAAUGUUUCAUGACGAUGCUUGCGUUCGAAGAUGGCGCCGCCAAGGUUCAAGAUGGCGGUGUUUGUGCUGACCAAGAAUGUGAAUCAAGGGCAAGGCAACAGCAACAGGUUGAUCACAACGGACAAGCUCACGCCAG